AUGCCUCACUCGAACGUGCCCCCGACUUCCAUCCCCAGGGCUGGGAAAGCCCCCAGCGUUGCUAUCGUCGGCGGUGGCCUGAUUGGCGUUAUGCUUGGCCUCGGCCUCUCACACCGCGGUAUUCCCUUUACCAUCUAUGAACGCGCCUCUGACUGGCAUGAGAUUGGCGCCGGCGUCGCCCUGACCAGCGUCGCGCGGAGCAGCAUGCAGCGACUGCACCCGCAUGUCCUCGGCGCGCUCGGUCGAGUCGCCAGAGCCAGUCAUUUCAGCUUCUGGGACGGCUUCCAUCCCCGGACCAGUGAGGCGGCCCACAGCGCUGAGGCUCGACAUUUCCUGCUUGAUACUCCGGGGACGGACUACUGGUGCUGCAUGAGGUCUCAUUUCCUCCGCGAGCUGGUGGCUCUUCUGCCUGCGGGUUCGACCCGUUUCAGUAAGGAACUCGAGAGUUAUGUAGACGAUCCGAGCCGCCAACACGUUCUCUUGCGGUUUACAGAUGGAACCACCGCCGAAGCAGAUGCUUUACUCGGCUGUGAUGGCAUUCAUUCACGGACUCGUCGACUCCUUUUGGGCGAUGACAACCCGGCGGCGCACGCCAGUUUCACCCAUCAGGUAGGCUACCGGGCCGUGCUCCCCAUCUCCGAAGCUAUGGAGGUCCUGGGCGAUGCCAAGGGGGGGAGCGACUUUUGCAUCCAUAUUGGCCCAAAUGCCUACGUGCCCUCGUAUCCUAUGUUGAAUGGGACAGAGACGGUUCUGAACAUGACGACGGUCAUCUACACUCCAGAACCAUGGCCUCACGGUCAGAAGAUGGUAGCACCCGCAACCCACGACGAAGUGGCCAAAAUCUUCAAGGACUGGAGCCCGCCUAUCCGCGAUCUCAUUGCCAAGUUCCCUGAGAAGCUCAUGAAGUGGGGCAUCUUCGACAUGGCUGAUCACCCUGCACCAACGUACGCCAGCGGCCGUGUCGCCAUCGCCGGUGACGCUGCUCAUGCCAGCACGCCGUUCCUCGGCGCUGGCGGAGCAAUGGGCAUUGAAGAUGCCCUGGCGAUGGCGUCCGCGAUGCAGCUUGUCAGUGAAACUUCGACAGGCGCCGCGUCUAUCCCGGCAGCGCUGCAGGCAUUCAGCGCGGUGCGCCUGGAAAGGUCACAGUGGUUGGUGCAGAGCUCGCGAGAGAUGGGAGUCAUAUUCCAGUGGCGGGAUCCUUCCGCUGGAAAUGACGGCCAACGGUUUAAGGUAGAGGCCGAGCAGCGGACUAGCAAGGUAUGGGACUUUGAUGUCGAUGGCAUGGUUGACCAGAUCCGGUUGGAGUUUGAGCAGCGGACAGCGGGAGCGGUGUAA